CUGUCAAGCAAUUUCCUGUAAUCUCGACAAAUGCGGCGAAAAUUGAAAGUGCGUGCAAAUAUUCAUUCAGGAAUUACUCAGACAGAACAUCACUCUAGAGAUGUCUAAGGAGAUACCAAGGAAGUUAUUAAGACCAAGAGCUGUACAAAUGAUGAAAAAAAGAUGGAUAACAGAUAAGCCAACAGCUGUCGAUCGAACAUAUUCGACGGCAAUAGCUGUAACGCCUGAAAUGUACGAUGAAAACGUAUUUGAACGCAAAAUAGAGCCAGUGGAAUGUAUCCCUAAAGAAUACAGCGAGAUACCAGGGCCAAAAGAAUGGCCUCUCAUCGGAAAUGCUUGGAGAUUUGCCCCCAUAAUAGGCCAGUAUAAAAUUCACGAGUUGGACAAGGUGAUGUGGUCCCUUAGGAGGGAAUAUGGAAAAAUAGUAAAAGUAGGCGGCUUGGUGGGACAUCCAGAUUUACUCUUCGUUUUUGACGGAGACUUGAUACAUAAAGUGUUUCGAAGAGAGGAAGGAAUGCCCCACAGACCGUCCAUGCCGUCUCUUCAUUAUUACAAACAGGUCUUUCAAAAAGAUUUCUUUGAAGGCAACGAGGGUGUGAUAGGAGUUCACGGGCCCAAAUGGGAUGCGUUUAGGAAAGAAGUGCAACAAAUACUAUUACCUCCGGCUACAGCAAGAAAAUAUGUGGAACCUCUUAAUGUUAUAGCCACCGACUUUUUAGUAAGAAUGGAAAAUAUGUUGGACGAAAAUAAUGAGCUACCUAACUAUUUUCUUUCUGAGAUAUAUAAAUGGGCACUAGAAUCUGUAGCCCGUGUUUCCUUAAAUACAAGGCUAGGCUGUUUAGAACCAAACCUGCCAAAACAUUCGGAAUCUCAACGAAUCAUAGACUCUAUCAACACUUUUUUUUGGAAUGUCGCUGAAGUGGAACUGAAAAUGCCAGUUUGGAGGGUCUACAAGAAUAAAUCUUUCAGGAAAUAUAUUGGCGCAUUAGAAGAUUUUAGAACAUUAUGUUUAAAAUAUAUAAACCAGUGUAUGGAGCAAAUGAAGGAAAAAAAUUACGACAACGUCAGGGAAGAAGAAAUAUCUAUUGUAGAGAUGAUUCUUAAAAAGACAGGCAAUCCAAAACUGGCAGCUGUUUUAGCAUUGGAUUUAUUAUUAGUUGGUGUAGAUACGACGUCCAUAGCUGCUGCCUCUACCAUUUACCAGCUUUCUCAAAAUGCUGACAAACAGCAAAAAUUAUUCGAAGAACUUCAAAAAGCUCUACCAAACCCCGACUCCAAAGUUGAUGUUGUUGCUCAGAACAGUAUACCUUACCUUAAAGCUUGCAUUAAAGAAACGUUAAGAAUGUACCCAGUAAUUAUCGGAAAUGGGAGAAGUUUACAAUCAGAUGCAAUAUUAGCAGGUUAUAAAGUGCCAAAAGGGACUCACGUCAUAUUCCCUCAUCUGGUUGUUAGUAAUAGCGAAGACUACAUCACAGAACCUGAAAAAUUUGUCCCUGAAAGAUGGUUAAAGAAUACAGAACAUGGCAAGUGUCCUGCACACCAAAAGAAAAUUCAUCCUUAUAUUUCGUUGCCUUUUGGAUAUGGGAGGAGGUCUUGCCUAGGAAGGAGAUUUGCAGAGACUGAGUUAAAUAUAUUAUUAGCAAAAAUUUUUAGGAAGUAUAAAGUGGAUUACAACUAUGGACCACUCAGUUACAAGAUAACUCCAACUUAUGUGCCUGUACAGCCCCUCAAGUUUCAACUGACUCUGAGGGAAUAAGUUAGAUUUUAUUAUGCUAGUCAACUGCAUUGCAGACACAAAAAGUCUGUUAGGAAUAGAACUUCUUAAUUCAAUAUCUGCCUGUAUAAAUUUAUCUAUCUAUAAAUAUAUAUUUUAAAAUAAA